UUUCAGUUCAUCUUUUCAACUGCAAUGGAUGGAAAAAUUAAGGCAUGGUUAUAUGAUAACAUGGGCUCCAGGGUUGACUAUGAUGCACCAGGCCAUUCAUCUACUGCUAUGGCAUACAGUGCAGAUGGAACAAGGUUGUUCUCAUGUGGAACGAAUAAAGAAGGAGAUUCUUAUCUAGUGGAAUGGAAUGAAAGUGAGGGAGCUGUGAAACGAACAUACCAUGGUCUUGGAAAGCGAUCUGCGGGAGUUGUGCAAUUUGAUACCACUAAGAAUAAGUUCUUGGCUGCUGGGGAUGAGUUCACUGUCAAAUUUUGGGACAUGGACAAUGUAAACCUUUUGACGACUUUUCACGCGGAGGGUGGAUUACCGGCUUCCCCAUGCAUUAGAUUCAACAAGGAAGGGAUACUGCUAGCUGUUUCAACAAGUGAUAAUGGUGUUAAAAUUUUGGCAAAUGCUGAUGGGAUUAGGCUUCUACGAACAGUGGAGAGCCGUACAUUUGAUGCUUCUAGAGUUGCUCCUGCAGCUGUUAAGGCACCCACCAUUAGUGCAUUUGCUUCUGGAAAUGCACCUGUUGGAACAAGCAUUGGGGAGCGAGUUACACCAGUUGCAGCUAUGGAUGUAAUGAACAAUGAUGGCCGAAGUUUGGUGGAUGUAAAGCCCAGAAUUGGUGAUGAGUCGAUGACAAAGUCUAGGAUCUGGAAACUAACAGAAAUCAAUGAACCAUCACAGUGCCGUUCUCUGAGGCUACCUGAUAAUUUAACAGCAAUGAGGGUAUCUAGAUUAAUUUAUACAAAUUCUGGGCUUGCAAUAUUGGCAUUAGCAUCUAAUGCAGUGCACAAGCUCUGGAAAUGGCAGAGAAAUGAUCGAAAUUUAAUGGGAAAGGCCACAGCUAGUGUAGCACCUCAAUUAUGGCAACCUUCAAGUGGAAUAUUGAUGACCAAUGAUAUAAGCGACACUAACCCUGAAGAUGCUGUUGCAUGCUUUGCAUUAUCUAAGAAUGACUCUUAUGUAAUGUCAGCCUCAGGGGGAAAAAUCUCCUUAUUCAACAUGAUGACAUUUAAGACAAUGACAACAUUUAUGCCUCCACCCCCGGCAGCAUCCUUUUUGGCGUUUCACCCUCAAGAUAAUAAUAUAAUUGCUAUCGGCAUGGAGGACUCAUCGAUACAAAUAUAUAAUGUUCGUGUUGAUGAGGUUAAAACAAAGCUAAAAGGUCAUCAAAAAAGAAUUACUGGCCUUGCCUUCUCUCACACUCUAAAUGUGCUCGUGUCUUCUGGAGCUGAUUCUCAGCUAUGCAUUUGGAGCACGGACGGGUGGGAAAAGCAAACUAGUAAGUUUCUGCAGAUCCCCCCUGGGCGAUCAGCAUCUCCUCUUGCAGAUACUCGUGUCCAGUUCCACUUAGAUCAAACACUUUUGCUGGCGGUUCAUGAAACACAAAUAGCACUAUAUGAAGCUCCUAAAUUGGAAUGUCUUAAGCAGUGGAUCCCUCUGGAAACAAGUGGUCCAAUCACACAUGCUACAUAUUCUUGUGAUGGCCAGUCAAUCUUUGUGAGCUUUGAAAAUGGAAAUAUAGAUGUUCUUUCUGCUCCAGCACUCCGAUUGAGAUGUCGAAUUAACCCUUCUGCUUAUCUACCUCCUAAUCCAAGCUUAAGGGUAUAUCCACUGGUCAUUGCUGCUCACCCGUCAGAUCCUAACCAAUUUGCUUUAGGGCUAACAGAUGGUGGAGUUCAAAUACUUGAGCCAUUAGAUUCAGAAGGAAAAUGGGGUACCUCUCCUCCAGUUGAAAAUGGUGCUGGGCCUAGCUCAACUGCUGAUGCAACUGCUUCAGAACAACCUCAAAGGUGAGGAAGCCAAUGCCUGGGUCUCUGCUACCUCAAGUUUGUAUCUCUUCCAUCCAAUCAUUGGUCCCGACAUACAGUAAUUUUUGAGGGGAACCUGUGGAACAGGUACUAUAGUUUAGGAUACUUACCAGCUCAGCGUAGUAAAGUUGUUUGAAGUGGCAUUUUUUAGCUGUUUUGUGGGCAAGGCAUGUUGAGGCUGUUGUUAGGUUCUGUUCUCCUCAGUUAGGACGAAGAAUGAAAAUUUUUUAAGAUGUAAAUUGAAUGGGCAAGUUUAAUGGGAUAUAGGAAGGGAAAGGGCUGACUAUAAAAGUUAAAAUACUCUGAAGGGACUUGUAGGAAGGAAGGGAAAAGCUGGUUUUGGCUGGGGAUUUCUGACUGUUUCUUCAUUCAGAUAUUUCAGAAAGAAGAGUAGUCAUCAUUAUAUUCUUUAGUAGGUUAUUUAUAUUUUAUUGUUUUACCCUUUCUUGUAUGUUUCUUUCUUUUUCUAGUGUUUAGCGUGACUCUUGAGAGUAGUUUCAAUAAGAAAGAUUUUUUUA